AUGAGUGUGAAGGUCAUGAGCGCUCGGCCUCCUUUGGCAGGAGCAUUCUACGACGAUUUCGACAAAGCUUUGCAGGCAAAGAUCGACUGGGGAACUGUCACGCCCGUCAACACUCUCGAUGAAGUCGACGGCGUGAAGCUGGAGGAUGACUUUGGGUCUGCAGUUUUCAAGCGUGGCACGAAGCACAGUUCUCACCAGAUAAGUGUGGGCCAUGAAUUGCCACGAAAACAGAAAGCUUUGUUGCUUCAUGCAGUACGCGAGUCGUUCCAGCUGAAAGAAGAUCAUCAAAUGCAUGAGAUUGAGAAUCCGGACGAUCUUGUGGUCAGAAUCAAAGCCAUCGGCUUGAAUCCCAUCGAUUGGAAAUCUGUGUGAGUAAGUCGCUCUGCAUUAAUCCAACACCUCGCUGAUCUGGUAAUAGAGAUUACGGAUACGGGAUUCCUCAUCUUCCGUACGUUUCAGGUCGAGAUUUCGCGGGCACAAUAGUCAAAGCACCCUCAAUGACAAGUCAUCUGCGCGUCGGCGACACUGUUAGUGGAAUUGAGCAUCACAUUGUACUCACCCGUGGCUAAGCAAAUGCGCAGGUCUUGUGCCCAUCGACAGACUACCGGGACCUCAGAAAAGCAGCUUUCCAAGAGUAUGCCAUAGCAAGUCACUCCACGGUGUGCAGAAUACCACAACACGUAUCGGUCUCGCAAGGCGCUGCACUAGGCGUAGCGUAUGUCGCCGCGGCACUCGCACUAGGCAUCUGUCUCGGACUGCGAAUCCCCCAUAGAAGUAAAGAGCACGGCAUAGACUUGCUGCGAUUGGUGAGGGAGACACCGCUCGGACGCCUGCCUCCGGACGUCGUUCCAGAAUGUUUGGCCAUUGAAGAGAGCGAGCGCGCGAGAACGGGAGACUGGCUUGUGGUAUGGGGAGGCUCUUCGACCAGUGCACUCUUCCUAUCGCAAAUAGCUCGUCUAGCCGGGCUCAGAGUGAUCCUCGUGGUUGAUGUCGCCAAGCACGGUGCGCGUCUAACGGGUGCCAAUGGCUGCAUCUGCAUUGACAGCCACGAUUCCGAGAGAGCAGUCGAUGUAAUCCGUGGAAUGACCGGGAACGGACUCCGAUUAGCAAUUGACACGGUGGGCAAGCAGACGGCUGAGCACCUGGCGAGAUGUUUCCCGUCCGAGCGGAACGAAGACAAGAGAAGACCGCAGCUGGUGGGGUUGGCCGCGCUCCCGAAAGAAAGGCUGCCGGGCGUCGUGUAUCACUCGGUGCCCGUGAAGCUGUUCCAUGAGGUACCAUCGAUCGGUUCGUCUCUCAUGACUUGGCUGGAGGACGCGCUGGAGCACAAGAGACUCGACCUGCCGCAUGUAGAAGAAGCGCCGGGCGGCCUUGGCGGCAUAAAUGAUGCCCUUGAUCGAAUGAGACAAGGCCAGAUAUCCGGAAAGCGGCUUGUCGUGCCAAUAUAA